AAUGGUUACUUAUAUAAAAUUGCCCUUAGACAAACGACAAAAUAAUGAAAGCCUACUUAACUCGAUUGGUAACUGCGUAGACGGUUGAAAGAUAAUUUUUGUAAUGUGUUUAUUCAAUAGAUUUAAUCAAUAUUACAGAAUAAUAAAUCGACGGGACAGAUUGAUAGGUCAGUACCUGUCACGUUUUUGGAUGGCACGUAAGACGAUGUGGGCGCGUGCCUUUUACGGUCAUGUUUUAACAUUGGGUAACAGCACGAAUAAUCGUGUUGAAUCGCUGAAUAGGCAAAUUAAACGAUAUGUACGCAAAAGUGAUAGUCUGUACAAGUGUAUGUACAAGGCUUUAAAAUGGAGUGAAAUGACGUCAGCUAGAAGAAGUAUCGAAGAUCAAGUGAUAGCCGGAAGAUCUUAUAAAUAUAAUGCUCCUCAGCGUCUUACACCCCUGCUAAACAUUUUAACCCCACUCGCUAGAUCUAAAUUGUUAUACGAACUUAAACAAAUGCGUUUUGUCUACGUGGAAUAUGAAAGCGGUGAUUGGUUGUUUAUGGUUGAUCGCGGACAACAUUAUGAAGUUGAUAUAAGCAUUUGUCAAUGCAAUUGUAGCACGUUUAUGAUGUGCCGAUAUCCCUGCCGUCACAUGCUACUUGCCUACGUUAAAAGACGAAAUCUUACAGCUCAUCAACUUCUUAGGUAUUGUAGCAGAUGGAAGUUACAUAUUACCCAGAACUUCCAAAAUUAUACAUUAACUGCAUUAACACAACGGAGUGAAGUGUAUAUAAGUAUUCAACGAAGUCGAAGAAUCCAUAAGCAACGCAUCAUUGAGAAGUAUGAUGAACGUUUCGCAACGGAAGUUGAGAAGAAGGUGGACAAUUAUUACUUAAGAAUUCUUAAUACCAACUUGUAAACUUGAUUUUCUGCUUUAGCAGCAAUGAUUAUUCAAUAAACUGUCAUAAUUUUAAUUUUCACCUUAUUCCUAGUUUCAUGGGAAUAAAUAGCAAUGACGUUCAUGUGUAACUGUUUGUAAUAAUUAAGAAUGAUUCAGAAACCCUACAUCCACG